AUCUUAUAUAAGGCACCACCUGCGUGAAGCUGACUCCAGCAGCUGCUUCCACACUCCGCGCCGGAUCAUGGAGCUUCCCCUGCUGUGUGCGCUGGUGGUGCUGACUUGUGUGACUCCAACCCAGGGCGGGAUUUGGAACCUGAGCAAGAUGGUCAAACAAGUGACCGGGAAGACAGCCGUCACCUCCUAUUGGCCCUAUGGCUGCCACUGUGGACCCGGUGGCAAAGGCACACCCGUAGAUGCUACGGAUAGGUGCUGCCACACUCACGACUGCUGCUAUAUUCACCUGAGGUUCCACGACUGCCGCUUCAACUUGGACCAUUACAAGUACAGCUUUACCCAGGAGGACAUCCAGUGCUCUGACAAAGGGACCUGGUGUGAGCAGCAGCUAUGCGACUGUGACAAGGAGUUGGCCUUCUGCCUGAAGCGCAACAUGGGCACCUACAACAAAAAGCUGCGUUUCGCCCGGUUCUCCAAGUCCAGCUGCAAGGAUCAAACCCCUAUGUGCUAGGAGAAGCCUGCCCAGCUGUCCCACGUCCCCUGCCCUGCUGGCUCUUGGACCUCGGAAGUCCGGCAGGAUUGCUGACACCCCUGCCACAAGGGUAGCUAACCUCCUGAACCGGCCUGGCUCCUUGAACACACUCCCUAGAAGAGGGAGGGUCUCGGCUUCUUUCCCACCACCCACCUUGCCUCUUGGACCUUCUAAAUCUUCCCAACCUAGGCAGCGGCUCUCUCCUUUGAGGGUGGGUUGUAAUCUUGGAGAAAUCCACAGCUAGGGAGCCCUGGGGGGUGGCGUUUGAGCAGAAGCAGCAGGUGUUGGGGGCAGGGCCUGGGGGCCGAGGAGUGGCAGGUUCUCCCUUGCCUAUGGCACUCACUCACCAGGCCUCCCAGUCCCAUCUCACUUCUCCAAUACACUGUCCGAGCUGCAGCCGGAGUGGCCUCUCUGAAGGGCAACACUGAUCUUUCCAUCCUGUGACUCUACUUAAAACCCUAAGACCUUCUAUCACCCGAGGACAGGGCCUCUUGCAGGAGUUUGGGACCCGCACUGUCUGCGCUGUAUCCCUCUCCCUACUAGGCUUGAAGGUCCUGGUUGGUGGGGCCCAUGCCUGUCUUGGGCUCAUCUGCAUUCCUGGUGCCCGAAGUAGUGUAAGGGGAGGCUCGGUACAUGCCUCUGGAGAAGGCUGGAGGAAGCCCCUGCUGCUCUUGCCCCAGGCCCGCAAGCACAUGCCCCACCGUCCUCCAGGUUCUUUCCUUUCCUGCCCCCAGGCCUUCACCCAGGUGGCCUUUCUUCGGAAAUGCCCCGCUUGCCUUCUCCGGGUGACUACGCCCUCGUCGGGCUCCUCAGAAGGCUCCAUGGCUGAUUCCUCCCCGGCUCUAAGGCCUCACUCCCUCCUCUAAGCUCCCAUAGCACUUUUUGGGUCUGCAAUUUACCAAACUUCACCUUGGGUGCUUGAUCAUUGUCUGGACUUCUCUGAUCCCUCCCAACUAGACUGGAGCUCCCAGAGGAUGGAGGCUAUGUCGGUGACAGCUUUCUUUCCUCCGCUCCUCCACAUAAUAGGUGCUCAGUUAAUGCUUACUGACUGAAUGAGCCCAUAACGCGUAAGUGGAGGUGGUGGCAGAUGUUGCUGGUGUCCCACUCAGAGCCCCUCUGGCCCAGUUCCCCGACUAAGCCAGACGUUGGCUCUGAAGUGCUCACAUCUGCCUCACUCUCUUAAGGAAUGACCUUGUCUGCUGGGAGCUACCUUGCCUAUCCGCCCACACUCACCCCACCACCUCUAAUGGAUGAGAGUGGAAUAUAACACCAUGGAGAGUAUGAUUGCCCACCCUCUGCCUGCGCAGGGCCAUGUGGACUGUACCUUGCACGUCCAAGGGCUCCUCCUGGGGUCAGACAUCUGGGGCCACCUCUUUGCUUGCUCUGUUCCCCGGCCUAUCCUGUUUUCCUUGUUCCCUUACAGGUUUCUCCUGGGAGUACUCCCUCAAUAAAUCUGCCACUUGCACAACGA